GCUCAGACCUCCUGCUAUUUUCCUCUCCUUUAGUCCCCUCCAGCCCGAAGCUCUAGGAACCCCACAGCCUUCUGCGCUUUUUGUUGAAGGUGCCAGGGGCUGGCUGGCCGGCCGGGCAGGGGGGAGAGCUGCGAAAUCAAAAAUGCAGCAGUUUAGGGGGUGCUGAAUCCACCUGUUUGUGUCCGGUCACUGUUAGCUGAUCGCUCAGGUGCUGCCGUGUGCUGCCGCAGGGAGUGAGUGCAGGUGGCAGCAGGGGCCAGACACAGAGGUGCGCGGGGCGGGGUGGCUGUGUGCGCGGGGAUGUGGGCGUCCGCGGAGACCCUCUGAACGCCUGCAUCAGAAAAGCCAGCUCCAAGGGGCUGGGGAUUUAGCUCAGCGGCACAGCGCGUGCCUGGCAAGCGUGAGGUCGUGAGUUCGAUUCCCGGUACUGGAAAAACCAAAAAACAAACAAACAACAAGAAAACAAAGAAAAGCCAGCUCCAAGGGGCUGUCGUGCAGGGCCCAGCGCAGUUUCCAGGGACAGCAGGUGGCGGUGGUGGUGGUGGGGAGCACGGAGUCCCCAGGGCCCAAGGCUCUGCUCUCUCCUCUGCCUUGCUGAGUCACAGGAGGUGACCCGCCUCAUUCCCUUUGGCCUGACCUACGAAGCCCCAAGUCGGGCUGGGUGAGGCUGGGUCUCACUGUGUCGACCAGGCUGGCCUGGAACUCGUGGUAACUCUCCUGCCUCAGCCUCCUGAGGGCUGAGAUUACAGCGUGGGCCACCUUGUGCUGCAGAAUCUGUAGUUUUUAUACUCAAGCUAAAUGCUGAGCUGCACUCGAAUUCACAUUCCCAGCAAGGUGUCGCCUGAGCACACACACGCUCCACACAGCGUUAGGGACGCGGCUCCUGCAGCCCGGCUUCCCCUUCCUCGAGUUCCGGUUCACUCUUUCCUGCAUCGCCUCUACCCGGCGCCCUGUCCAGCGGCUCCCCGUUCACACGCUGCGCAUCUGUGUGACGGCUCCGGCCGCAUCUCGCCCUUUUGCAGAGCUCCGAUGGCUCGGCCUGGGAGCCUUCGUCUGACCUCUGGGCGCCGUUCAGAGCGAGACUGGGGUCUUUUUUCUUUCCUCGCCUACCAGCUAGCUUUGCGAGGAACGUAAUUCUCCAUCUCCCCGUCCCUUUUGGCUCCGAACAUUUCUUGGGAAAUUCCGCAAAACUGACGCGGAGUCUGGGUGUCUCUUCUGCUCGCUUCCUGAGCAAGGCUUCGAGGACAUUUUGCCCCCGGCUUGUUGGGGUCCUUUCUCCCCAUGGCGACUGCCCGGGGGAAGCUGGGCGCUCCGCUCCGGGGGGCUGGGGCGGGGCUGGGCCCGCGAGAGCGCCCCGCCCUUUCCCGGCACACGGGGUUUCUCAGCCAGGUCCCCGAGCCCGGCAGCGCCGGCCCAGCCUGCCCCGGGGCCGCACGGGGUGUGCAGCAAGGGGUGCUGCAGCGGGGCUCCGGCCAGGCGGGAGGGAAACUGUCCCGCCAGUGAGAAGCGGAGCGACAGAAACCAGGCGAGCGCCCCGCGCACAGUCACGAGAAGCCCGUGUACACCUAGGUGUGCAGGUUGAUGCGUGUGGAUUUGCACCCUGAGGAGCGGCUGAAGCCAGCUGUCAGACCGCUCACUGCUUGUAUUUACUUAUCUGAGGUCGCAGAGAUGACCUUAACCUAGUGCUGUGGGACAGAGAAAGGGGCGAGACAGGCCCGGCCUGGGCGUGGGACGGCUACCAGCGCGUCUUGCAGAUGACACACAUGAAUGGCCCUUUGUCCAGGCUAUCUAUCAAACCACCGUGGAAGCUGGUCCAGAACCGCGUGCACCUGUACAGGCUCCUGCUGCUGAAGAUCGCCCUCUUCCGCGGCUGGGUGGUGGGGCUGUCCCAGGAGGCCCGGGGCCCCGGCUACACGCCCACCGACCAGCCCCCCGGGGACGCUGCCUGUGCCCUGGGCCGGACUCUGCGGGUGGGGCUGGCGCUGCUGCUCUGUGGACCCCGGCUGGCCGGGACGGCCGGGCUGGGCCUGUGUGUGGCCGCCUGGCGGGGCCUGCUCCGGUCCUGUCUGCACAGCCUGACGCUGGUGGCCUUGCUGUCAUUGCUGCUGGCCUGGAGGCUCUUCCGGAAAGCCCAGUGCUUCCUGGGCUGGCUGCCCCGCCAGGCCCUACUGGGGAGCCGCGUGGUGCUCAAGCUCCUGGUGCUCCCGAGACAUCUGUGCUGGCACCUGGCCUACCUCAUCACCUGGACCACCUGCCUGGCCUCCCACCUGCUGCAGGCGGCUUUUGAGCACACAACCCAGCUGGCCCAGGCUCAGGGGCCCUCAGCGUCCUUGUCCAGUUCCCUGCUCCCUGCCUUGUCCUCUGCCUUCGAGGGUCAGGUCCUCCUGCAGGAGCCUGGGAGUCCUGGACAAUAAAUGUUUCCCAUCAUCCUCUCCCGGA